AUCACAUGUUUGAAUAUAGCAUUAAAAGAAACACUCAUUUUACAGACAAAGAAGAGGAGGAAUAACGGUCGUGCCAAGAAGGGCCGUGGGCAUGUGCAGCCCAUUCGCUGCACCAACUGUGCCCGCUGCGUCCCAAAGGACAAGGCCAUUAAAAAGUUUGUCAUCAGGAACAUUGUGGAGGCAGCCGCCGUGAGAGACAUCUCAGAGGCCAGUGUUUUUGACUCAUAUGUCCUGCCCAAGCUCUACGUGAAGCUGCACUAUUGUGUCAGCUGUGCUAUCCACAGCAAGGUAGUGAGAAACCGCUCCUGUGAGGCCCGGAAGGAUCGAACCCCACCACCAAGAUUCAGGCCCACUGCUGGUGCACCAAGAAAUACUCCCAAACCCAUGUAAAGCAGAAUCUGAAGAUGCUGUACACCUUAAAUAGAAAAUAAAAACAGUCUUUACAAC